GGGACUUAAUAGUACCGCCUCUGGGCCUCAGCCUCUGUCAAUCCCGAGCGGAUUGUUUGUUGUCAAAAUGGAGUUCUUACUUGGCAAUCCGUACAGCACUCCUGUGGGCCAAUGUAUAGAGAGGGCCACAGAUGGAGGCCUGCAGACUGAGGACUGGACCCUCAACAUGGAGAUCUGUGAUAUCAUAAACGAGACGGAUGAGGGGCCAAAAGAUGCCAUGCGGGCCCUGAAGAAGAGACUCUGUGGCAACAAGAACUACAGAGAAGUGAUGCUGGCGCUAACCGUUUUGGAAACAUGUGUGAAGAACUGCGGUCACAGGUUUCAUGUCCAGGUGGCCAACAGAGAUUUCAUUGACGGUGUGUUGGUCAAAAUCAUCUCCCCCAAAUCAAACCCCCCAACCAUCGUUCAAGACAAAGUGCUGUCACUCAUACAGGCCUGGGCUGAUGCCUUCAGAAGUAGCCCUGACCUAACUGGUGUGGUCCACGUUUAUGAGGAACUGAAGAGGAAAGGCAUUGAAUUCCCAAUGGCAGACCUGGAUGCAUUGUCUCCCAUCCACACGCCACAGAGGGGCACACCAGAGGUGGACCCAGCCAUGAUCAAGUACCUAGCUCCUUCCUCACCUCCUGCCGGGACUCCAAAACCUUCCUCGAGCCCUGUUUCUGCCACACAGGGCCCCCAGAUGCCCAGUCCCAUCACCGCGACCCCUGAACAGAUCGCCCGGCUGCGCAGUGAGCUGGACGUUGUGAGAGGAAACACCAAAGUCAUGUCAGAGAUGCUAACAGAGAUGGUUCCUGGCCAGGAGGAUGCCUCUGACCUGGAAUUGCUUCAGGAGCUGAACAGAACAUGCAGGGCAAUGCAGCAGAGAGUGGUUGAACUGAUUUCACGCGUCUCUAAUGAAGAAGUGACUGAAGAGCUGCUACAUGUCAAUGACGACCUCAACAACAUUUUCCUUCGAUAUGAGAGGUACGAGAGGUACAGGUCGGGCAGAGCCACACAGAACAACGGGACGCUGAAUGAGGCCACAGAGGACAACCUGAUAGACCUUGGCCCAGGCUCCCCUGCCGUGGUCACGCCCAGGAUCUCCUCCAGCCCCCCACCCAGCUCCACCACUGGAGCCACUGCCAACCCCACCACAGCCUCGCUGUCCUCUGCAUUAGCUGGUCUUGAUGUGGCUUCAGACAGCGUGAGCGGUACCCUGUCCUCCCUAUCAGCUCACAACCAGGAUGACUUUGACAUGUUUGCCCAGACCAGGAGCAGCUCUCUGGCUGAGCAGCGCAAAAAUGUAAAGUAUGAGGACCCUCAGGCUCUGGGUGGACUGGCCUCAGCUUUGGAUGUGAGACAACAGAACACAGGAGGGCUGAGGGUAAAAGGGGAUGAUAACCCAGCAGAUCAGGAGCUGCCCAUAGACAGCUGGCUUAUUACCCAAGGAAUGAUCCCCGUAUCGCAGUCCUCUGUCAUGGAUGACAUAGAGGAGUGGCUCUGUGCUGACGUGAAAGGGGAUACCACAGAGGAAGGAGUGACCAGUGAAGAGUUUGAUAAGUUCCUGGAGGAGCGAGCCAAGGCAGCAGACUCCCUGCCAUCUCCCCCAGGAGCCAACCCUGCUCACCCUGCCCGUGCCCCUGGUAGCUCCCACAAGAAGGCUGAACGGACGGAGGACGCCUUGUUUGCCUUGUAGACUGUUCUCAGGGGACCUCGGUCCCUUCUCUAGGGUGUCUAAAGGUCCUCGCCCUAAAUGAUUCUAUCCUAACAGUCAUUCCAGUCCCAUUUCAUCGCUGACUGGCAGUGGUGUAGCAAGUGACCUCCUUGUUGUUCUCUUGCCACCUUGUUGCUCUAACUUAUAGAGGUCCAACAUGUUUACUGCGCACAACUGUGUUGCGUUUUACUAUAUAUGGAUGUAUUAAUCUGUUAGUGUGGGAUGUACUACUUGCAACCCUGCAUCUUAUUUGUUGUGCGCCGCCAAAGGAAGACAACUUAACUUGUCUGAUGUGGUUUAAAAUUGUGGUAUAUUACUGCGAGAUUAAUGGAGAACGUACGCUGCAUUAAGUCCGUAUGGAAGCAUACAAUUAGGAUUAUAUUAUGUUGUUUAUCUACAUUCUGCUAAUUGCUAAUUUAUGCAUUUAUAGUUUUGUUCUGUACUAUGUACUAGCGCUGUGGUUAUGGUCGAUCAAUGAAAAAAUUUUUCGCUCAAGUACUCCAAUUAGCGUUGUAGUCAUGCUUCUAAUACUGAGAUAUGCGUGGAGAAAAGACUGGUGUCUGCAGGCUAAUGUUGCUAAAUAAUAAUAUAAUAGCUAAUUCUUAGCUCAUCUUGAUCAGUGUAUGCCGGCGUUCCUUUAACCAAAGGGAAAAAAACAAAAAAAUCUAAAAACCAUAUGUUAGGAUUCUCUAUUAUGCAUUUGAAAAGACAAAGGGAAAGGAACAUGCCCAAGGAAUAUUUCACAUCUGUCUUUUCAGUCCUCUGGAAAACUUCAUCAAAUUAGUGGAGAAAAAGUAUGCUCUUGACUUUUAGUCAUUCCAAAGAAUUUUAAGGCUUUAAUGACCAACUAGAAUUGAAUUUACCUGUCAGAACAGUCAUCACAUUCAUGUGAAAAAAAAUCCCUUCCCAUGCUAUGUUAAUGUUUGUGGACUCUGAAGCAAAAACAAAACUGUAUUUUGUGCUUUGUGUUUACAAGAUGGUUACUAUUUUUCUAGGGGAUGGGAAAUGGUCUUUAGAUUGACAAUUUGCACAUAAGUUUUCUAAACGUGUAAUUUCAGCGCGUGUUCACCUAGAAGUGGAUUAAUGGACUGUCAAACGUAUAGGAGUGCAAAAACUUAUAUUAAAAUUUACAUAAAGAUUCUAGACAAAACAAAACAUUUAAAUGAUCAGCACGACUCAGCUUAGCACCAUUAUCAACUAGAAGACAAACGUAUAGCUUACAGUAAUUACAGUAACUGUUUUAAAGGAUGUAUGCACAUAGGUAGCUCAUCACUUACUCUAUACUAUGUAAUCGAUAUACCUCAAAAUACAGGGAUUUUACUUUCUGUAUCUGGUUAAAAGUGUAUGGCUCAUAGUUAUAUCCAGAGGACAGAGAGGUUUAUGUAUUAUUUGAUCCCCUGAUUAUAUUUUUUAUAGUUGAUGUAAAAAAGAAAAAUUGUCCAUACCCUUCACCAUUGAUCUUUUUGAGGCUGAAGCACGCAAAAAAAAAGAAAAGAAAAAAAAAAUAAUUUCUUUUGAUUUGUGCAGUCAAACAGUUACUUUAAUGCUUAUUUUUAUUUGUUAUUUUAAUUCAUCUGCUGUCAUUGGAGCUUCUGCCAAGAAUUUCUGUAAUUUCAGCAAAUUAGCUCUGGAUAGAGUUUGCCUUUGGUGUAGUUAAAAUCACACUUUGAGGCAAAAAGCAAUCCUGUCUUCAUUCCAGUUCUUUUGCUGAGGCUCCUCUUUAUUUGAACGUUGCUCUGCACUUAAAAAAAGGGAUUUUUUUUUUUGUGUAUUUUCAGUAAAAGCUUUGUCGAUUGAGACAUUUUCUUUGAAUCUCCUCCCCAGUUGAAAAACCCUAAUCAUGCAUCAAAUUUUGAAUUAUCCAUUGUCAGUAUAGGCCUUUCGCUAGAGGGAAAUAUUUGUGUUAUUAUUAACAUAAAUGCAACUGUGGCAUUUAAAAAUUAUUUGUGUCUACAUAAUCAUUACAAUUAAAUAUUUAAAUAUAUUUUAGUUGAGAAAAAUUAAUGAGCUUUAACUUUUUUUUUUUAAUGGUUAUAUAGGUUUAGUAUGGUUACGAGGUAACUGAGAUAAUAGCAUUACAUUUACAAUCAGACAUUAUUCUCUUUGAAAAUCUUUAACCUUGCAGGCUGAACAAAGAAGAUUACUAAAAAUGUAAGAGAUCCUUUAAAAGGGAGAUUUAUCAAUAUUCUGUCUGUGUGUUACACAUCUCUGGAUCUGUAACAGUGCGUUGUGUUUCUUGCAUUUAUGGGGCAUCAGUCCUGAAUGCAACACGUAUUCCUUGAAAUUCUGGCUCUCAAAAUGGUUGCUGAAUGUUUUUUUUUAAUACUGAUGAAGCAGAACAUUGAACUGAUGUUUUGUGAACAUGGAAGAGAGGCUUGUUUUCUGUUGGCAGAUGCCUAAUGUCUGUUUGGCUGUGCCGUCUGCUGCCAUUACUAAUGGUCAGAUUUUUGUUUGACCUAAUGCACGUCUGUAACUGCCCAAUAAAACACUAGCAAUGUGUGACCUCUA